UUUUCUUUCGUUCAGGACUCCCUAAACGUUGUGUUUUUCUGCAUGGUGGUAUCCCUAACCUUGGACAAUUCCACUCAAGAAUUUGGUCGGUCAUCCUCACAGAUGGUGGUCUUGGCCUCCUCCGGUGGGAUGACAUGGCGGCUAAGCUCCCGCCCCCUUGCCUUCCCCUGGCAUGCCAGCUGGCUCUCUUUGCCCUCCAUGAACCUUCACGGGGGUGUCACCUUAGGGAUGAUCCUGGCACUUUCUCCAGUCUGUUGCCCAGCCCUUAAGCUCGGUCUGGUGGGACCUUGGUCCCGCGACGCCUUCUUCUCCAGCGCCCUGCCUGAAGCUGCUGCUCAACUAGCCGUGGAGAGGAUCAAGAAGGAUCCCUCCCUCUCUGCGAUCCACCAACUGGAUUACGUCUUGUUUGAGGAAGACUGCCGGACCUGGAAAGCCGUGGCUAGAUUUGCUGACUCCUCCAAGAAUCUGUCAGCGUUCGUAGGACCGCUGAAUCCUCGCCACUGUGAGGCUGCCUCUUGGCUAGCACAAGGCUGGAACAAAGCCAUGUUGUCCUGGGUCUGUCUAGAAGACCCCCUGGACAAUCCAACGAACCAGCCAGCAUUGAUAGGAACGUUGCCUUCUGCGGCUUCUGUCCUCCUCGCCGUGUUCAAAUAUUUCAGCUGGGCUCAUGUUGGCAUCGUCUCUUCCAAGGGGGAACUUUGGGUGGACACAGCUCACAAGCUGGCGAGCGUCCUCAGAAGCCACGGGCUACCCGUGGCUCUUGUGACGUCCACCGGGACGGAAACGGGAAAAGUAGAAGAGACUUGGCGCAAGAUUCAAGCUGCUGGAAAUAUCAAAGUCCUUCUGCUCUGCAUGGCGUCUGCUUUCGCUGGGGGGGAAGACCAGGCGACCUUCCUAAGCAAAGCCCAGGAACUGGGGCUGGCCGACGGCAGGUACCUCUUUCUGCCCUACGACACGCUCUUCUACAGCCUGCCCUACGGAAACCAUUCCUAUUUCCUUCUGGAAAAUGACGACGCCUUCCGGAAGGCUUACGACGCCGUGCUGACGAUCACGCUGCAGUCUGGAGAAUCGACUUUCUACGACGCUUUGCGAGCGGCCAAAGAAAAGGGAGAAAUCAAGGUGGAUUUUGAACCUGAACAGGUCUCUCCUCUUUUUGGGACAAUCUACGACGCCAUUUACCUGGUCACCAAAGCCCUAGCCAAGGUAGGCCAGCCCCAAACCUCUGAACUCUCUGGAACGACCUUGAUUCAACAUGUCAGAAAUUUGGACUUUGCCGGCUUCAACCGCAGGAUCCAAGUCGACAGCCAAGGGCGGCCGCUGGCCAAAUACGUCAUUCUGGACACGGAUGGCAAAGAAAGUCACCUGCACCCAACUUACCUGCUGGCAGCGUCUUCGGGCAAGAUGCAGCCCUUGGGAAGAGAAGUCCAUUUUCCUGGAGGGAGACCGCCCCCCGCUGAUUUGGCCUGCUGGUUCGAACCCCAGGUCCUCUGCGAGAGAAAUGACGUGUAUCCGGGAGUGGAAAUUGUAAUCCUGCUACUGUCACCUCCUGUCUUCCUGCUUCUCUUCGGCCUGUACCUGGCCUGCCUCAUCCGAAACAGCCACCCCAACCGCCGACUUGUUAAAGGAUCUCAGAGGCUGUUUCUGACUUUAGACGAUAUAACUUUUGUAAACACCAAAAUCAGUCGAAUGAGGUUAACUCUUGACAACCUCAGCGAGUCAAAGAGCUGCUCUGAAGAACACAGCCUCAGAUCCGUGACCCACUCGUUGUCGGUGAAAAGCACAACUCUAACCUACGAAACCUCCAAUGUGGCUGUGUACGAGGGAAACUGGGUAUGGCUGAAAAAACUGGAGACUGUGUUGGCCAGUGAUUGGAAGCCACGCGCAACCCAUGUGCUUACCAAGAUGAGGGACUUACGCCAUGAAAAUGUGAACCCCUUUCUGGGUGUUUUAUCUGACACGGGCCUUUCUGCAAUCGUGAUGGGUUUCUGCUCCAGGGGAAGCCUCCAGGACUUGCUACAAAACAUGGACAUAAAGUUAGACUGGAUGUUUAAAUCAUCCCUUUUGAUGGAUUUAAUUAAAGGCAUGAAAUACUUACACAGCCAGGCCUUGACCCACGGGCGCCUCAAAUCUCGCAACUGUGUGGUGGAUGGACGGUUUGUGUUGAAAAUCACGGAUUAUGGCUACGGGGAGCUACUAGCCGCCCAGGGGGUCUCCCAGGAUCAGGCCUCUGCCGAAG